UCUAGUUUCCUUAAGCCAUUUACAAAUGAAGCAAAUCAGUUUUCAUUUUUCUUCAAGCCCAAAAGCAUCUAAAUUUGUAGUCCGAGGCAAAUUUUUUUUUCUGCUCAUACCAGUAGGCUUACGUAUUAAUCAUGGGAUGUGCACCGGGUGGACCAUGUUGCGGAUCUUGUGGACCUUGUUGCGGGCCUUGUGGACCCUGCUGUGGACCUUGUGGGCCCUGCUGCGGACCCUGUGGACCCUGCGGACCAUGCUGUGGACCCUGUGGACCUUGCGGGCCAUGCUGUGGACCUAUGGAAAAGCGAAACGGCCUUCAACGAUGCUGUCCUUUUUAGAGUCUACAAAGAGUGGCGAAAAAGAAGCAGAAAUACGGAUUGGGUCUUAGAUAUUAAAACACCUUGCUAAGAAAUAAAGAAGUUUAAUGAAAACAACAA